AUGAAGAUUACACCUGAUAUUAGUGGUGGUAUAAUAUUGGUGCAUACUCCUUGUGGAGAGGAAAUGGAAUCGAAAGGAGUGCUUCGUGAUGUUUCAGUGAUGAUUGGUAUACAUGACUUACCGGUUGAUCUGAUCGUGGUACCAAUACGAGGAUAUGAUGUGAUUUUGGGUAUGGACUGGUUAUCAGGUCAUCGAGCUCAUCUGGAUUCUAAGAGAGGUAAAGUUCAUUUUGAACGAGAAUGGUCUUUAGUACCAGUGUUUGAAGGUGCAAGAAAGACUUCAGCAAGUACGUUGUUGGUAGAGAAGUUGGGGUUGAAAACAACAAGACACCCGAAACCGUACCGUUUACAAUGGCUCAAUGACAGCGGAGAAACGAAGGUGCAUAGACAAGUGAGUGUGCCAUUUUGUAUUGGCAAAUACAAAGACGAGGCGCUUUGUGAUGUAGUCCCUAUGCAAGCGGGGCAUUUGUUGCUUGGUAGACCAUGGCAAUUUGAUACUAAAGCUCAACACGAUGGCUACAGCAAUAAGUAUUCAUUUGAGUUCAAAGGUAAACCCAUUCGACUUGUACCUUUGACACCGAAGGAGGUUUUUGAAGAUCAACUCAAAAUGAUGAAGAAUGAGAAGAAACCAAUCAACAUGUGUGACCAUGAGGUAGAUCACUCAAAAUCUAGUGAGGCCUUGAGAAAAACCCAGAAAAAGACUUGUGAGAGUACACCCGAGAGGAAAAAUACCAAUUUCUUUAUGAGAGCGAGUGAGAUCAAGAAAGCAUUACUUUCUCGACAGCCAAUGAUUGUACUUAUGUACAAAGAGGCUCUUUUGAAUACUAACGAACUCACAUCGUCUUUGCCUAGUGUGGUUUUUGAUCUCUUGCAGGUGUAUGAUGAUGUUUUUCCUGAAGAGCUUCCACAUGGAUUACCACCUAUUCGAGGGAUUGAACAUCAAAUCGACCUUGUUCCUGGAGCUAGCCUUCCAAACAAGGCUGCAUACCGAACAAAUCCUGAGGAAACAAAAGAGCUCCAAAGACAAGUCACAGAACUGAUGGAGAAAGGUUAUGUUCGUGAAAGUAUGUCACCUUGUGUUGUUCCAGUCAUCCUAGUUCCAAAGAAAGACGGUAUGUGGCAUAUGUGUGUUGAUUGUCAUGCAAUCAACAAUAUUACGGUAAAGUAUCGCCAUCCCAUACCUCGAUUGGAUGAUAUGUUGGAUGAAUUGCAUGGAUCACGUGUCUUUUCUAAGAUAGAUCUUAAAAGUGGUUAUCAUCAAAUACGAAUGAAAGAUGGUGAUGAAUGGAAAACAGCAUUCAAAACGAAACAUGGCUUGUAUGAAUGGUUAGUUAUGCCAUUUGGCUUGACCAAUGCACCCAGCACGUUCAUGAGAUUGAUGAACCAUGUUCUAAGGCAAUUCAUUGGUAGAUUUGUGGUUGUUUACUUUGAUGAUAUCUUAGUUUACAGCAAGAAUAUAGAGGAGCAUGUUGAACAUCUCAAAUUUGUCCUAGAAGUUUUAAGGAAGGAAAAACUAUUCGCGAAUCUCAAGAAAUGCACAUUUUGCACUAACAGGCUAGUUUUUCUAGGAUUUGUUUGGGAUAUUGCCUAUCAUCUCGGCAAAGCUAAUGUAGUUGCAGACGCCUUGAGUAGAAAGAAGGUUGCGUUAUCUGCUCUGAGAUUGGUAAGUGAUCUAACGACUCAAUUGAGUUUAAUGCAGAUAUCGGCUCUGGAAAACCGAGAUGGGUUGGAAACUAGUGCUAUAAAAUGGGAUCGCUGGCUGGACCCAGUGACGAUGGCACAAGAAAAAGAUGAAAAGACGAAAGAGUUAAUGAAAAAGCCGGAAGAUUUUACAAAGGCAGGUUAUUCUACUUCAAAUGAUGGGUUGAUACUAUUGAGAGGUCGUGCUUAUGUGCCUAAAGGUGAAGAGUUGAGGAAGAAAUUAUUGAAAGAGGCAUAUAAUACACGAUAUUCUAUACAUCCGGGUACUACAAAGAUGUAUCAGAACUUGAAAUAG